AUGUCCGACAACAACGCCCACCCUGGGGUCCGCAGCCUGCUGGCCAAAUUCGAAACUGGUGAUAGCCCUAUCACCUCGCCUCCGUCGCGUGGAAGAACACCUGUGCCUUCUGAUACUCCGGGAUCCUCUGCACCAGGUUCCUCCGCAACGCGUCCACUUUCUCGCGUCCGCGCCAGCUUCGUGACCGUCGAGGGCGCCAUCCAGUCAAACCCGGGUUCGCCAUUGCGAAAGACUAGUGGACGAAGUGACAGCCCCGGAAUCUUCGGGCCGAAGAUCAACCAGGAAGAGGUGGAGGCACGUCGACAGAACGUGAUCUCCCCGACACCCGACGGGAACAAUAACAACGGCCAGGCCAGCAUCAUGGACCAAACUGUCAAUGGAAUCCAGGAAGGAACCGCGGCUUUGAGCCUAGAUGGGAAUGUCAAUGCCAAGGAACAGCCUUCAUCUCGGGUCGUGAGCACGUCUUCCGUGGAGUCUGCAUCCUCGAAGAAAGAGGAGCCUGUUGCAUCUACGUAUGUGCCUGCGGUUACUUCUAACCCUGCGGCGCAGCCAGAGAAGCCGGCACCGAAGACGGUGACCAAGAAGCCAUCGAAUGUACACGCCACAAAAACUACUGCACCGAAUAAGCCUGCCUCGGCCGCAACGUCAACCACCGCGAAACCCACGGCCAGCGCUACUGCAAAGCCCACCUCGGCGCGCGAAUUAGCCAAGGAACGAGCCAAUGCGAUUGCUCAUAAGUCAAGCCGGGCCUCUCUCAACCCAGCUAACAAGACCGCUACGCGAACAGCUCGCGACGGCCCCAAGGCAUCGUCUACCACCGCCCCAAGCAGCAAGCCCCGAUCGAAAUCGCCUACCAGGCCUGCUCGCCUACCAUCCUCCGCGACUGCAUCAACCGCGGCGUCUUCUGGUAGAUUGGGUGCUGCGGGUCCCUCAAACGGACGCACCACGACCACUGCUUCAACUCUCACACGCAAGCCGUCAUCCCUCAAGAGUGCGGUUAAUGCACCCCCAGCGCGGGGUACUACUACUUCGGGUGUUCGAAGACAGUCGUCUCGAGCCUCUCUUGCCGCACAGCCCGCACAAGAGCGCCCGAGCUCUCGGACUAGCGACCACGGCUCUAAGCCCGUCAACGAGGGAUUCCUCGCCAGGAUGAUGCGUCCGACAGCCAGCUCGGCCAGCAAGACCCAUGAAAGGCCCGAGGCUAAGAGCCCUCCAAAGAGCAACCCUGCUCCAUCCAAGGCCACCACCCGACGAGUCUCAGGCCAUGGCGCGGUCCAGUCGAAGGCCCAACCCGCAGCUCUUCGUCCCCGGAGCGAGAAGUCUCAGCCUGCCGCCAAGGAGACUCCUGUUCUUGUAAAGGAUGAGGCAAAGCCUGUGGAAAAGAAACAGGAUAGCGAAGAGAAGGAGAAUGUGGACUCUAUUGCCCCCAAGGUUGAAGAACUGGCCGUGGGAGCACAGGAGGAUACUAUCGUCGAGCAACCUGAGCUCGAAACUCCCGUGGAAGAAGUCACCAAGAAGGCUGAACCCGUUGAAGCAAAGGAAAUUGAAGUUCCCACUGAAGUUGUUCCUCAACCCGCCGCUGAGCCCGCCGCUGAGCCCGUCGCUGAGUCGACUGAGUCCAGCACCAAAGAGGACGUCACAAAGGCCCCCAUUGAGGCCCCCAUUGAGGCCCCCAUUGAGGCCCCCAUUGAGGCCCCCAUUGAGGCCCCCAUUGAGGCCCCCAUUGAGGCUUCCAUUGAGGCUUCAGCCCCAGUAGAGAGCAAAGAGGAGGCGAUUGUGCAAUCCCCGGCACAGCCAGAGGCAACACCAAUCAAGGAAACCCAACCCGAGGCCGAAGUGAACGCCAAGGAAGCUAGCGAGGAUUUCACCAAGCCCAAUGCCGUUGAGCCGGAGAAGCUCGAGGCCGAGAUCUCUGAGGUCCCUGAGGUCCCUAAGCCCACCGAAACACCCGCCCAGGUUGAGGAGGACGUUCCCGAGUCGAUCAAGGAUGCUAUCGUGCCGGAGCUCACAGCUCAGUCUGCCGAUGAAGCACCCGCGAAAGAUUCUCCGGCCACGAUUGAGCCUACUGCUCGCGCUGAGGAACCUGUCACCCAGGCUAAGUCGGAUACUGUUGAUAUCGACUUUGCCAACCAACUUAGUUAG